AUGACUCACCUAAGUGAUUAUAGCUUCUUACAAAGAGCUACUUCUUUAUCCUAUUUAUUCAUUUGGUAUUCAUAUCGAGUAUGGUCUUUGGAUGGAUUUCAAUGUAUUCGCAUAUCAAAAUUUAGACAAGGCGAAUUAAAAGGCAUCGUAACACUAUUACUCUUUUUUAUGAUCCCUUUUCAAUUAAUAUAUGAAAUCACCUCUUGCAGAGUCAAAUACGAGGAAGGCUUUGUAAGCGUUUUUAAUCAUAUUUUCGGCAAACCUGAAACCAUGUGGACACAAGCAGAUAAAGAUCUCAUUGUGCCAACAGAUUAUAGUUUAUGCAUUGGUUUCUCCCUGCAAACUGGUACCUUAUUGUUAUUGCAAUGCUUCUGGAACUAUCUUGCUAAUUCGGUAGCUCAAGCAAACUUUAUGAGUAGCAAGGAGUUCAAACUAUACAUCAUAUGGUCAUGCUUGACUAUGUUUCUCUUUCCGAUUCUUCAAUUCAACUUCUCACGCAAUGUAUACGAUUAUACGUAUAAAGAAGUCAUGCCUGAACUAGUAUAUGGAUGUGGACUUUUCAUCAUUGCCAUUCUUGGUAUCCGUUCUCAUUAUCGUUUUAAUAACCUGUUACGAAACUCUAAACAUGCGAUGAAUUCUCGCUACGUUAACAACAAGAUUUCCUAUUUUCAGGAGUUGAAUUUUAUAUUAACCAUCGCCCUUCUCUUUUACUCUAUUCCAUUAAUCAUUCUUUGUUCAGAUGGUUUGACCGGAAAAAAAUCUCUCAACGUUCACAAAUUUUCUUCUGAUUUCCUCAUUUGUAACACUAAUGUUUCUUCCAUCGUCGUCUGGGCUGUGGUCAUCUUGAUUUUCCAUCCUAAAAAACCAAAUGAAGGUCAAAUUAAUAGUCAUCACCGACCACAUACUACUCCCAUCAGCGGUCGUUCAGAUCGUCAUCCUAGUUUAGUUAAUCAUCAGCAUGAAGAACUUGUUACCACUAUCACAUCAUCUACUUCUUCGACUGCACCUUACAGCAACACCAACACUAUGACUCAUGUCAAAUCAAAUUAUGCACCUUCUUUUAAUACCCAACCUCUUUCCAAAAUCCAUUCUGAUGCCACUACCUUGAUUCCAACCGUCAUCCAACUACCACAACAUCAUCAUCAUUCUCAUUGUUACCAUCAUCAUCAUCAUCAUCAAGACACAGUGUCACGUAAACCAAGCAUUGCAUCAAGAUCAGCACCAUCACUAUUUUUGGCGAAUGAUUCCAAUAUCACCUGCACAAGUCAAGAUCAACAGUUCGUUACUAACCAAACUCAUGCAGCAGCGGGUCCUGUUGUCGCCGCCACUACUCGUGAGAGAGAAUCAUCUGUUUUUAAAACUAGACAACCUUUGUCUCAGAAUGAUAGAAAACCAUCAGAUGACUCAGUUUGGUUGAAUCAAUCCCCAAAAGGAAGAUGA